AAAAUCAUUAGAUUCGCAAAUAAGAAUUCUACACACUUGUCUCAAAAACUUUAGUCCCUCCAAAAACCCAUCUUGCCCCUACCCAAACCUCAUAUUCACGAUAAUGCCACUCUUCUCCCACCGCUCCUCCGCCGCUUCGGCCGUUUCCUCUUCCGCCUACUCCAGCAAACCUCUCAAGGCCCAUAAACCCAGUUCUGCCCCUGCCUCAGCUCGCAUCCCCGUGCCCAUUAUUGUCUUUUCACUCAUAUCCGCCUUUAUCGGCAUCGCCGGCACCGUCUUCGCCAUCACCGCCGGCAGAGCCAGGGUCCAGCCCGUGCCCGUAUACCGAUGCGGUGGAUCGGAAGCUACUUUCCGCGCUUUCCACUCGAGUUCGGGGUCCAGAAAGUUCGGUGGAGAUGUUGGCAAUGGCGGUGUGCUGGUUGAGAGACCGAAGCUUCUAGGGUUUGUCGGGAUCCAGACCGGAUUUGAAUCGGGUGAUCGUCGCGAAGCUUUGAGGAGCACUUGGUUCCCUUCUGAUCCUGAUGGGCUUCUACGAUUGGAACAAGCCACCGGCUUAGCAUUUAGGUUUGUUAUUGGGCGGUCGAAGGAUGCAAAGAAGAUGGCUGAGCUUCAAAAGGAGAUCGAAAAGUACAGAGACUUUAUGCUUAUUGAUGUCGAGGAAGAAUAUCUACGACUUCCGUAUAAAACGUUGGCUUUCUUCAAAGCGGCUUACAAGCUUUUUGAAGCUGAUUAUUACGUCAAAGCCGACGAUGACAUUUAUUUGAGACCAGACCGACUUGCUACUCUUCUUGCAAAGGAAAGAUCCCAUUCGCGGACGUACAUUGGCUGCAUGAAGAAAGGGCCGGUUAUAACUGACCCUAAGCUAAAAUGGUACGAGAAACAGGGAAAUUUGAUCGGGAAUGAGUACUUUCUACAUGCUUACGGUCCUAUUUACGUCCUUUCAGCUGAGAUUGUGGCUUCACUUGCAGCUGCUCGUAACGGCAGUCUGAGAAUGUUUAACAACGAAGAUGUAAGUAUCGGGUCGUGGAUGCUUGCCAUGAAUGUACACCAUGAGGAUAACCGUGCGGUAUGUGAUCCUCAUUGUUCUCCAACUUCGAUAGCGGUUUGGGACAUUCCUAAAUGCUCAGGACUCUGCAACCCGGCUACCCGGCUGAAGGAGCUUCACAAGAUCGACAUGUGCUCAAAAAGUCCGACGUUGCCUCCGGACGACGACGUCGAUCAGUAGUCCUCUUCUUACUACAGCUCGGAGUUUAUAGCGGCGCCACUUUCUCGUAGCUCGGAGUACAUUCUCGUCUGAAUGUACAUAGAGUCGGAACUCCACCAUCCUAUCCUUGGGAGCUCUGUGCCACGGCCAUAUCAUCCCACACGAUCUCUUUAUCAUACCCUCCGGAUUUAGAUCCGUUGUAGAUGUACACUAAGGUAUACUCAAGAAACCGUAGAGACAAUGAGAGAAGAGAGAGAGCUGCAUCAUAGGUGUAUUGCCUUUUUAAGUGCUUGAUUGCUAAUGUAUCAGUGCUACAGAGACGAAUGUUUUCGUAUGAUUGUAACACAAGUUUCAUCCAAUAUAUUA